AUGCCGGGGUUCCCGCGCACGGAUGAUGAGUUCAAGAAGGGCGAAAGCGCGGCGACGAUCACUCUUCGCGAUGCGAUCCACAGUGAGUUUGUAAAAUUCCUGGAGGUCGUCUGGGAGGUGCUGGAGCACGUCUCGGAGCUUUUCUUUCGAUAUGCCCUUGGGGUGUGCGGAGACGGUGGCAAGGAUCUCACUAAUGGCUAG